AUGUAAGAGCUUCUCGAUUAGUUUCUAGAACUAUUAAUAUAGACAGAUGAAGCAAAUAAGAAUAAAAUUAGAGCACUGACUAAUAAUAAUGUUGAUUUUCAGAUACCUAAUAAUAAGUGGGAUGAAGCUUCAGUCAAAUUACUAAAGUUGCUAAUUUAGACUUAUUGUUUAGAUCAAUAAAUUAGUAAUCAUUAAGUUCCUGAUGAUAUUUGGAGCUUAGUAUCAUAAAUUGUGAAGAAAUCUACUAUUGAUUGCAAAUUGUAAUUUGGGACAAAGAAAAAAAUCAGAUUACUACAACAACAAUGGUCAAAAAAAGAGGAUGAAGCCUUAAAAGAAAUUUGUUUUUCUUACUUAGCAUAGAAUAAAACCUACAAAUGGAGUGAUAUUGCAAAAGAAUUAGCUUAAAAAUUAAAUCAUACAAAUGUUAAAAUGACAAAAAUUGUAAGAGACCGAUGGCUUAAUAAAUUAAAUCCUAACAUUCAGAAAGGUCCUUGGGAAAAGAAUGAAGAAUAUGAAUUAUGUAAAUAGGUGUUAAAACAUGGAAAAAAUUGGAUGAGUAUAGCAUUAGAGAUGAAAAAUUAAAGAACAGAAAGCUCUAUAAAGAAUAGAUAUUUUAAUAUAUUAAAAAAGCUGGAGAAGUAAGAGGUUCCCAUAUUAAGUAAAGCAGACAUAGAAAAGGAAUUAGGAAAAUUAUAAUAAAAUGAAAUUGAAAAAAUAGACUAAUUUGGAUAAUAAGAGAUUAGUUUUAUUUUAUAUUAACUAAAUAAUUUGGAACCAAAAAUAAUUAAAACAAAAUAAGAAAUUGAGCCAGAAAAGAAUGUAUAAAAGAAAAUAAAUGUAAGUACAUAAAAUAAUGGUUCUAAAAAACUUAUAAAAGCAGCUGAAAAAGAUUAAAAAUUGCAUGCAAACAACAUUGUCAAAAAAGUUCUUUAAUCUUACAACUAAGAUGAAAAUCUUGAUUAUAGUAAAAUGAAAGAGCAUUAUUAAGAUGUAAUAGCAUAAAAAGGUGAUACUUUAGAAUUAGAUGAAGAACCUAUAAGUGAUUCUGAUAAUUUAUCUGAAGUGUAAUUUGCAGUAAUGGGAAAGGAUUCAUAAAAUUUACAUCUAUUUCCUAAAUCAUAAUUAAAAGCUGUCAUGGAAUUGAUGAAAUAAAAAAAGGAAUAAAAAAAAGAAGUUUAAUAAUCACUAAAUAAAAUUUAAUCACUUCCACCACCUCUUCCAAAGUUAGAAUAAAAAUUAUAAUAAUCUCAGUAAUAAUAAUUUUAACAAUAAUAAUAGAAUCCAUAAUAGAUUUCAUAAUAAAUUUAACAAACUCCUUAACAAUAAAUCCCAGUUUAAUUACCUAUUGUAUAACCAAUUAUGCAAUCAGUUGCUAUGCCAACUCCUGUGAUGCCAAUAUAAUAAUAAAUGUAAGGAUAGUAAUAAUAACCUUAAUAAUAAUAAUAGUAAUAGUUACAAUAAUAAUAACAAUAAUAAUAGCAAUAAUAAUAACAAUAGUAAUAAUAACAAUAAUAAUAAUAAUAAUAACAAUAAUAAUAUUAUUAACUAGUCUAUCCUUCAAAUUUUAUGUAUCCAUAAGUUUAGAUGGCUUAGGUAGCUUAAAUACCAAUAAUGUCUGGCUAAAUGAUGGGUUAAAUUCCUGGAUAAAUGAUAGGAUAAAUGCCUGGACAAAUGGUUAGUUAAAUUUAAGGAUAGAUUCCAGGAUAAAUGGUUGGUUAACUUUCAAAUUAAAUGAUUGGUUAAAUUCCAGGGUAAAUGGGUUAAAUGGUUGGCUAAAUUCCAAAUUAGAUGGUAGGUUAGAUUCCAAAUUAGAUGGUUGGAUAAAUUCCUACUUAGAUGAUGUCUGCAAUUCCUGGAUAAAUGCCAUAAAUUAUCUCCCAACUUCCACCUUAAAUGAUGCAUCAAGUUUAAGGUUAAAUUCCAUAAAUGGUUUAGCCUGGAUAAAUGGCAACAAUGUAAAAUGGAUAAAUAUAAAUGUCAUAAAUUGCUUCUAUACCUUAACUUGCAUAAAUGCCCUUAUAAUAACUUCCUUUGACAGCAUCCUAACCUGUAGGUAUGCCACAACAAUUUAUUCCAAUAAUGUAUUAAUUAUUUUAAUUUUUAUUAGAUAUGCCCCUUAGCCAGUAUAUUAAUAAUAAUAGUAAGCUUAAGGACAAUAAAAUCAAUAAUAAAAGAUCAAUUAAUAAUAAUAAUAAUAAUAAUAAUAAUAAUAAUAAGUUCCUAUUAUGAAUUAUUAAAUUCCAAUGAUGGGUUAAUACUAAGAUUAGUAUUUCUAGUUUAUGAAUAUGAAUCAACCAAAUUAAUAAAAGUAGCCAAAAUAUUCAUAAGUUAAAUAAGAGACAGAGGAACAUUAAUAAUAACAAUAAUAAAAUCGUAAAUGA